ACAUUCUAAUUUCUCCUUGCGUGCGAGUGGCCAGGCCCCGGCGCGCUACUGUCGCCAGCACAGCUUAUAAGCCCUAAAACCUAAACCCAACAAAUUUUGGUGCCUCAGCUUCCUCGCCUGCGACAUGGAUUUGGGUCAGAUCGACUUCGAUCGUGUUCUCUUCUACGAGCAUGCCCGCAUGGACGCCGAGGCUGCCUACGCGAAGAAUCCCCUCGAUGCCGAAAAUCUCACCACGUGGGGCAAAGCGCUACUCGAGUUGUCGCAAUUCCAGAAUCCCUCAGAUUCACUGAAGUUUGUAAAAGAUGCCGCUUCAAAGAUGGAGGAAGCCCUGCAGAUUGAUCCCAGGAAACAUGACGCCCUCUGGUGUUUGGGCAAUGCGCACACUUCCCAUGCAUUAUUCCUUAAUGAUCUUAAUGCCGCAACGAUAUAUUUUGGGAAGGCAACACAGUGCUACCAGCAGGCACUAGAGGAGGAUCCUGGUAAUGAGAUAUACAUGAAGUCUCUAGAAUUCUCUGCCAAGGCACCUGAGUUGCAUAUGGAGAUUCAUCGGCAGAUGGCCAAUCAACCAGAUGCAGGUCGACACUCCUCAACUUCAAAUACAAAGGUGUCAAAGACGAAGGCAAAAAGUGACCUUAAGUAUGACAUACUUGGUUGGGUAAUUCUUGCAGUAGGCAUUGUUGCAUGGGUGGGUUUGGCAAAACAUCAUAUACCUACCCCACCUCCAGCGCCUAGGUGAGAAAGGCCCGCAUUUCCUUUCAUCGCACUGUUCUCAGUGGCACUAAAGUUUCAUUUGUGAGGCUCACUUUUGUUGUAAUAACUUGUGAAAGUUUGUUUAAAAUUAGCCAUCCAGUAUAGCGCUUUAUUGAAUCUUUUUGCACCCGUUCUGGGCCAGCUAGAUUCAAGAUGAUUCUAUUACUAAAUAUUGUGCAUAUUUAUGCAUUUAAUUGUUCUAUUAUAUUAAUUUUGCUACUAAGAGGAGUUUUGCUUUUAA